GCAGCGUGACGUAUAAUCUAGUGGACGGAACGGAUCAACAACAACGAGUCAGCCACCUUGGUAGCCAACAGCCGAAACAUUUAGACUGUUUCUGUGCAUAUUUGCCUCUGUGUUUUAAAUAUACUUCUGACAUCUAGUUAAUAGACACCAUUUAAAUGUUAUAGGUACAUUGUUAGUCAACUAGCUGGCUUGAUAAGUUAGCCUAGCACUAAACUAGUCGCUCAUGCUAACUAGCUAGCUAGCUAACAUCCCCGACCAUGAACUCACUGAUGUAUUCCUCGCCUGCUAAAGAAGAGGUCUGAACAUGAGCUCCCUAAACUACUCCCCUCCUGUUAAAGAAGAGGAGGUCUGCUGGACGGAGAAAGAAGCUCUGGGGCUGAACAUUGUCGUGAAAGAGGAGAAGGAAGAGGAGGAUGUCACAGUAAAACAAGAAGUAGAGGGUGAGACUGUUACUGUGAAAGAAGAAGAGAAAGACGUUUCAGUGAAAGAAGAGGAAGACACGUUCAGAGUGAAAGAGGAGGAAGAUGUUACUGUAAAAGAAGAGGAGGAAGAGAAAGAGGAGGAUGUUACAGUAAAAGAAGAGGAGGAAGAGAAAGAGGAGGAUGUAGUUUUUGGAGUGAAGGAGGAGAAAGAGGGAGAGAUAACGGUCAUAUUGACAGAGUAGUCAGGAGAUCUGAUUACCAUCAGAGAGAGACCAGACUCUGACAGCAGGAAGAGUUCCUCAGAGGAAACAGACCCAGAGACACCUAACCAUUACCACUGCUCCCACUGUGGAAAGAGUUUUAGGUGGUUAGGGAGCCUGAAAAUGCAUGAGAGAAUACAUACAGGAGAAAAGCCCUACCACUGUUCCCACUGUGGAAAGAAUUUUACUCAGUUAGGAGCCCUGGUUGGGCAUGAGAGAACACACACGGGAGAGAAGCCUUAUCACUGUUCCCACUGUGGAAAGAGUUUUAGGUGGUUAUGGGUCCUGAAAAAGCAUGAGAGAAUACACACGGGAGAGAAACCUUAUCACUGUUCUCACUGUGGAAACAGUUUUAGGUGGUUAGUGAGCCUGAAAACGCAUGAGAGAAUACACACAGGAGAAAAGCCUUUCCAAUGUUCCCAGUGUGAAAAGAGUUUUUAGGUGGUCGGGGGAGUCUGAAAAAAGCAUGCGAGAAAACACACAGGAGAAAAGCCUUUCCAACAUACUAAUACACAGGAGGAGAAGACAUACCACUGUUCUCAUUGUGAAAAGACAUUUUCCCAGUCAGAGGACCUGAAAUCACACGAGAGAAUAGAGAGGCUGUGUUCUGACUUGUGUUUCUGACUGAGAAUUUGUCCACGGCCAGGAUUCAUAUGGCCAGGGUGUCCGCUAUGGACACCUGGAAAAAAUCAGCAGCGGACAUUUCUGAACGUUUAUCCAACAGACCUGUACAUCCAUGAAUGGAUCUCUAUAAUGUGUAACUAUUUCUGAUGUAUGUGUUGUGAUGUAUUGUUUAAUAGAUGUACUAUGUUAGGUAUAUUUAUCUGUGGUUUAAUUUCAACAGAUUUUACUGAUGCUAUUAGAUUGCUGUGUGGGGGGAGUUUUAUAUAUACAGUGCCUUCAGAAAGUAUUCACACCC